UUCAAACUACGCCUAUACCAAAUAAUGAAAGAAACGUUAGUAACCAAGAGACCCUUCAAGCCUUGCUAGCCUUACUGAAUAAUACGAACCAGACCACUCCCCAAAAUAAUCAAGCCUCCUAUUUGGGAAUUCAAGAGGAGGACGAGUCGCUAUUCCUUCUGGCUGAUAGGAUCGCCCGGCAAAAGCCUAUUAGUGGUACUUUGAUUCUCCUAAAAAAGAAGAACCAGGAGAAUUCAGUAGGAUUAGGAGGAACCGAUGAAAUUUUAAUUCCAGAUAUCAAUACCGAAAUGCGAGAAGGGGAUGAAGAGCAUCAAGAUAACCAAGAUAAUUCAAAUUGGAUUGAAUCAAAUGGAAAAGAUAACCCAAAUCAGAAAGACCAACCUGAACAAAAUAAAAAAAAUACCUCCGAUGAGAAAGACAACCUAAAAAUAGAAGAAAAAAUUAGAAAAAUUAAGAACAAUAAAAGAUUAGACGUUAGUAUGUGGCCUAUAUCGUGUUUAAACACGAAACAAGGAAAAGAAUACGAACCAGUGGCAGACCUUUUUGACUACUAUUAUGAGGACGAUAUCCAAGUCAGGAUUGAUUACCAAGUAGGAGACCUGGAGAAAGAUCAAAAGGACCAGCUAUCCCAAUUACUAGAUAAAAAUAAAGAUAUUAGCGCCCAAAGCCUAAGUGAAUUAGGUCGCGCCAAUAAAGUUAGGCACCAAAUACCGACAAGAGAA